CCGUGGCAUGGCGGACGUGCUUUACUAAAGCAGCCAAUAAUAAUUGUACUAUUUCGGGAUUAAACUUGUGUGAAAAUGAGUUUGACGGCAUCGCGCCCUCUGGUCAGUGUCUACACUGACAAAAAUGCGCCGGUCAAGGACAAGGGAAUCGCCCUGCCGGCGAUCUUCAAGGCGCCGAUUCGCCCUGACGUUGUGAGCGAAAUAUCGCAGCUGAUGCGCCGUAACCGUCGCCAGCCGUAUGCGGUUAGCGAGGCUGCCGGUCAUCAGACGUCUGCCGAAUCCUGGGGUACCGGUCGUGCUGUGGCGCGUAUCCCGCGUGUCCGUGGCGGUGGUACCCACCGUUCCGGCCAGGGUGCCUACGGUAACAUGUGCCGUGGUGGACGUAUGUUUGCCCCGACCAAGACCUGGCGCCGUUGGCACCGCAAGAUCAACAUCAACCUGAAGCGCUACGCUCUGGUAUCGGCGCUCGCCGCAAGCGGUGUACCGGCUUUGGUGCAGUCUCGCGGUCAUAUCAUUGAUGGAAUUUCCGAGCUCCCGCUGGUCGUCUCCGAUGACGUCCAGAAGUUCCAGAAGACCAAGCAGGCCGUUACGUUCCUGCGCCGCACCAAGGUCUGGGCCGAUGUGCAGAAGGUGUACAAGUCGCAGCGUCUGCGCGCGGGUCGCGGUAAGAUGCGUAACCGCCGCCGUGUCCAACGUCGUGGUCCAUUGAUCGUCUAUGCCAAGGAUGAUGGUCUGCGCAAGGCUUUCCGCAACAUCCCCGGUGUGGAUACGAUGUGCGUGACGAAGAUGAAUCUGCUGAAGCUAGCCCCCGGCGGUCACGUCGGACGUCUGUGCGUCUGGACUGAGUCGGCGUUCGCGAAGCUGGAUGCAAUCUAUGGAACCUGGGAGAAGAAAUCCCAUAAGAAGAAGGGCUACAAUCUGCCGUCGCCGAUCAUGGCCAACACUGAUCUGGCCCGUUUGCUGAAGUCGGAGGAAAUCCGCCGUGUGCUGAAGGCGCCCAAGAAGAUCGUCCACAGGCAUGUGCGCCGUCUGAACCCGCUCACCAACGCCCAGCAGAUGAUCAAGCUGAACCCGUUCGUGCAAGUAACCAAGCGUCGCGCGCUGCUGGUGGCUAAGAUGCGCAAGUGCGAACGCAUGGUGGCAAAGGCGAAGUCAAAGAACAAGCCACUUGAUGCAAAGCACAAGGCCGUUAGGUACAUCGCCUCGCAAAAGAAGGUUGCCGAGGUUGUGCAGAAGAAGCUGGCUGAGCGUAAGGCGUUCUUGGUGAAGAGAGCCGCUACCAAGCAUACAGGUGACCCGAAGCCGAAGAGAACGAAGAAGCAGGUUGUUCCGGCGCCGGCGAAAAAAGCAGCAGCACCAGCGAAGAAGCCCGCCGCAGCAGCAGCACCAGCGCCAGCGAAGAAAGCCGUGAAGAAGUAAACGUGUGAGCGCUGGUAGAUAGCACCGGUUUUCAUACUUUAUUGCUAACUUGUUCUAAUUUCCAUCGGCAUAAAUAAAAACACAUAAAGCCAGCAGUUCUUACAGCUGUGGUGGAAAGAAAAAGCCCUGUUAUGAUUUAAUUUUUUUCUUCUUGAGACGCUAAGAAUCUUAAAACGGUCGUAUGCAGUUUGAUUAGGCUGGUUAAUUUUAAUUGCGAAA